CCGAGGACAGGGGAUCAGCAGGGGAUCUAUGGGAAGCCACAGUAUGGAUGGUGUCAGGAAGUGGCUCUCCACCACUGUCACUGGGGAAGAUGCAAAGCAUGAGCCUCUGUUGAAAGCUUCAGAGCCUCUCAGGAGGAACACCAGCUGCGAUGAUGACCUGGCCCUUGGUGUAGAAGCGUCUCUGUAUGAUCACCAGGGAGUGAGGACGGUGCAGGACUUUCUGCGGUGGCGCAGGUCGAGUCCAGGUAUCAGCAGGUUGAACAGUUUCAACUCAACAGCUUCAGAUCACUCUGGACCUCUGAGUGUGAUGGACAUACUGAACCUGUGGAACGAUGACCCAGAGGAGGUUCUCUUGGACCUUGGCUUUGGCUGUGACGAACCCGACCUCUCUGGACGAAUCCCAGCUCGGUUUAUUAAUUAUCCAUCUCAGGCCCGAGGAAUAAACCUGCAGGUCUUUCUGGAGGCGCAGAAGAACCGUCUCGACCUGGAGAAUCCAGAUGUCAGCAAUCGUUUCAGACAGCUUGAGGUUCUUCAACAGGUCACCACAGCGUUCUCCUCCCUGGUUGGGUCCUCCUCUCCUCACAGAGCACCCCAGGCAGACUUACCUCCUGAGGCCCGGGAAAGAAGGAGGCGCAUGGGCAUGUUGUUCAGACGAGCGUCAAAGAAGACCCUCAGUAAUAUCAGAAACCAUAAAAACCAGGACCCAUCUCUGCCUUGUAUUGCUCCUCAGUCACAUCUUCCUCCAAGCAGCCUCGGGGACAACAGAAUCCCCUUUAAGAAAGUGAAAACUGGACUCCUAGAGACCACGUCUCUCAGUCCUCUGGCAGAGGAGCAAGGACCUGGUUCAGACGCUCAACCCCAGUCUCAUGAUGGAGAGCUCAGGUCCUGGCCCCUCAGGGAAGCUCGCUCCCUGAAGAUGAACUCUUUCUUACAGAGGAGGAAGAAUGCAGGGCAGGCCAGGGAAUCUUUUGAAAUGGAAGAGAUCCACAGCUUUGAUGAAGGUAGUGUUACAGGGAGCUUCAUGGGAGGAGCAGACAACUUAGUGCGAUGUCUCGUACGCACUACCAGCUGUCAGUCAGACAGCAGCGGUUUCCUGGAGGAGCCAUUCAUCCCGCCUCACUCUCAGCAGGAGUCACCAGCACCUGAUCUCAUCAAGGCUCUGUCAUGCCUUUCAGGAGGGAGCACCGAGAGCCACAGCGGAGACAGACCAGGUUCUCCUUUUCCCCCUCAUACCUCCCAGCCUCUCCUGCACCAUGCAUCCCUCACACCUUCCAGUGUUGACAAUCCUUCUGUUCCCUCCACAUAUCCUCCACGAGAUCAGUCACCAGGCCUUCCCCAAUCUCCUGCCUCAUCAUGUCUCCCAAAGUCUGAUCUGAAGGUGUCAGGGACUGAGACGCCACCGGAUCAGGACCGGUCUCCGGAGUAUGAAUACCUGUGCCCUUGUACCUCCUCACCUGAGUUGGUGAACACAAAUGAGCGAUCUGAAACUGGCCCUCCUUCAGCCUCUGUUACAUCAGUCUUACUGAUCAGAGCAUCAGAGGAGAUUCAACCUGAGGACAUGGACAGUCCACCUUGUGACUCUGACCCCACAGCAUACUCUAUCUUUCAUAGUGAACCACUUUCUGCCUCAUCUACCCAUCCGAAUUUGGAUUGUACGCUUUCUUCCACAGUUUCCUUCUUUGGGGGUCCAGAGGAGACACAUUCAGAAGAGACAGAGGAGUCUCCUUAUAUGAACUCCCUUUCUCCUUCCAAUGGCCCCUCAUCUCAGCUUCCCUCCCACCUGUUCUCACCUUCCUCUUCCCUGUCUGAUUCUUACUUACCGUCCCCUGAAGCACCUUCCUCACAGAGUCCAGAAAAGAAUCAGAAAGACUCUCUUCUCCAAGACUCAAGCAGAGAAGGACUCUUUGAUCCACUUACAUGUGCACAAACAAAAGAAGAAAAAGAAGAAGAAGAAAAAGCUCAUCCCUCUGUCUUCUUUGAGUCAGAGCAGGACAGACCUUUAGCUUUGUCUGCUCUCACUCAGGAUUCCCUUCAGAUCGGGGAGUUUGCCCCAGAUCCGGGCCUUUCUCCUAACCCAUCCACUCCAAUAUGUGAGUCUACUUCUUUAUUAGAGUCACACGAUCAGGACGGUCUUACAGAUCCAGCUGCUGGAGGAGUGUUAGAUGCGACAGAGCAGUCCAUCUUCCAGCCGGUCAGACCUUACUCUAAUGAUCAUAUCACCGACUUCCCUUUCCAAGAAGUUCUUCCUCUUCAGACGGAUGACUUUUCUUUGGACUUAGAGGACAAUCAGGGGGAUGGAAAGGGAGAUAUGGAGGCUGCCAGACAUCCUGAACCUGUGCAGACUCUAGAAGCUAGUGUUUACAUCUCAGACACAGAGGGAUCAGCUGGUUUAUCAGGUUCUGGAUUAGUCCGUAGAAAAGCGUGCAACCAAAAAGGAACAGAUCCAAAAGUCUCCGCCUGUUGUUUGCAUCAUGAACUUUCAACUGAAACAAAAGCAGAGGAUCUGAGGAAGGUCUCUCAGAUGGAUAUUAGGGACACAGAAAGUGAAUCAUGGAGGACUUCCUUAGCUUCAUAUGAGAACGUACCAGGAGCUCACAGCAGGAAUGAAAGAGAACCCAAAGGUUUGUUUGAGAUUCAGAGCCUGGAUGUGGUGUUUCAAACCUCAGUGGAUGGCUCAGACGGUGAAAACGGAGAUAUGGAUGCCUUCCUUGAACAGCUUGAUACUGAAAGGCACGUUUACUGGGCAGAACCCAUCACUGUUUCCAGUCAGAGCUCUGUGGUUGAAGAGUCAAGUAGCUUUGAAACCUCAGGUGGACCUCCUGGGAAGUCUCUGCCGACUACAGGACCAGCUAUUUUAGAUUCAUUAUCAUCCACAGGUAGAACUGACCCUGUCCCAGCAACCCCAGAUCCAAAGCCAUUCAGCCGCUCUGUCUCAGUCCAGAUGUCCUCGUCUCCAUCCUCUCACAUCGUCCACAGGAAGGAUGUUCCCUACAUGACGGAUUCUAAACGCAUCCUCUUCCCCGCUGAUCUCUCUCUGGACACCUCGACGCCUUUCCGUGCAGUUCAGUCAUGGACAGACUGGCAGAUUCAAAGAAACAACCUCUCCAAGAUGUUAUCACGAGGAGCUCCUGAUGAAGUCAAAAACCAAAGAACCGGGUCCACAGAGUUCUCAGAAACUACACGAAGACCUGCCCUGAUCUAUUCCUCAUCUCCAUGCCUGCCUCUGUUAUCUAAAGCCUGGAGAUCUUACGACUCUCUCCCAGGGAUGGCUCGAGGUAACAGCACUGCGUCAGUCUCUGUAGAUAAAGGCUUGUGGUCUGAUGAAGAGGAGGAGGUGGAGAAGAAUGGAUAUGAAGAUGAGAGGAACCUUUGGCAGGCCAAACACGCAGACACCAUUGCAUGCUGCUGCUCCUGUGACCAUCAGGGUACCAGCUGUUACAACACGCAACACACUGUGGGGAACACACCUUACUCCCUGGAUGAGCUGGAGGAGAUGAUGCUGAGUCUGCAGCAGUUUCGCUCUGUGCUUUGCAACAUGGAGGAGCAGCUCUCUGAAGACCAGGCCGCAGUUUACAGCUGUCUGUCAGAUCAGGACAGGGAGAAGGUUCGAGACAUAGAGGAGCUGAGGCGAGCGGUGAAGAAGGAGGCUGGAGAGCUGGAGAUGCAGCUGAAUGAACUGGCCCACCACUAUGAUGACAGCUUGAAAAUGAAGAUGCACCGACUGUUGGAUGAGCAGUCUCUGCUCUGCACUCAACUCAGAGUGCCUCUACCUGGACAGAUGCCGACCUCACUGUGCCCCGCCCCCAACAGGACGGUGGCUACUCAGUGCUGCCUGCUGCCCUGGAUGCAGAACGACCAAGUCUCCUCCUGGAACGUGGAUUCUCCCAGACAGUCACCUCCUGGGUCAGAUAGCAUCAGUGAGGGUCUGGGCUGCUCUCCUACUAAGGCAGACAAGGUGGACUUACUGAGCUUUCUACAGAGGCUGAAAGAGUCUUUGCGACACUCAGUGAACAUGGACAUGUUAGAGUAAAAGGUGUCAGCGGCGAUGCUCAGGACUGCAUGUAGCAGAUGAAGCCCAAAGUUUCCUGAAGUCUUCCUCUCUCUUUGGGUCUUGUCUUUUCAGAACUAUAGUUUACGCUUCAACUGCCUUCCAUCCUAUGUUUUUGAAAUGUGGCUUAAUAGAGAGGCUUGUUGAUGAUGCCACUACAAGCUACACAACAUGCAAGCUACUCAGUGACUUUCUUCUUUUGAGACACUAAACAAUACAGACAGCUUGGAAGAGUCUGUUAAACAUGCCUGAGAUAAUACCAGAGGUCAAAUGUGUUUAAAUAUAUGUAAUAUAAAAUAUAACAUCAUGUAUAUGUAUGAGUUCUGUAGUGAAAGCUCUCCUCAGUGAAUGUACACUGAUAUGUGAUAAACACAUUAAAUAUUACAACACUG